ACCCUUUUUCCCUUCCAACAUCUCUUUAUUAUUAUUCUACCUCAGUUCUUCCUUAUCUUCUUCAUUUUGCAACCAACAAAAAGAGGAAGGUGAAGAAAUUAUUGCCAUGGGGAGAGGCAAGAUUGAGAUCAAGAGGAUUGAAAACUCCAGCAACAGGCAGGUGACUUACUCCAAGAGAAGAAGUGGUAUCAUCAAGAAGGCUAAAGAGAUCAGCGUUCUUUGUGAUGCUCAAGUUUCUCUCAUCAUCUUUGCCAGUUCUGGGAAGAUGCAUGAAUACUGUAGCCCUUCUACUACUUUGGUUGAUAUUUUGGACAAAUAUCACAAGCAGUCUGGGAAGAAGCUGUGGGAUGCUAAGCAUGAGAACCUCAGCAAUGAAAUUGAGAGAAUCAAGAAAGAGAAUGAUAGCAUGCAAAUCAAGCUCAGGCACCUCAAAGGAGAAGAUGUCACAUCUUUGAACCACAAAGAGCUCAUGGCGGUAGAGGAAGCCCUCGAAAAUGGCCUCUCUGGUAUUCGUGAGAAAAAGAACGAGAAGAUUGAGGGAAUGAGGAAACGGGGAAAAGUGUUGGAGGAAGAGCACAGAUAUCUCCAAUUUGUUCUGAGGCAACAGGAGAUUGCUAAGCAGCAGCAGGAGAUGGCAAUAGAGAGCAAUGUGAGAGAGAUUGAUAGUGGGUAUCAAAGAGAGAGCAGCGAUCACUAUACUUCACAGAUGCCAUUUGCCUUUCGGGUUCAGCCCAUUCAGCCAAAUCUCCAAGAAAGGAUCUGAUUAAUUAAGUUAUGAAUCUUCCUUAAUAUCAGUGUGUUGUUGGUAAUAAGAUUUAUGACAUGAAACACUACUGCCUCCUCUUGUCACUUUGACCAUGUGUUGACUAGGUUGAUGUUAACUUGAAUAUUAUUAUUAUGCUGUGAAAAUUACUCUAAUUUAUCUCUA